AGGCUUCUCUCAACUGUGUUUUCUAGUUGUCCAGUGGCUGUAUUGUCUUUGUAAUUAAACUACAUAGAAUGGUCGCUAUAGGCUACUCAGCAAACAAACAACCGACGAAUCAGAACACUAGGUGUGUUCCGCUCUAUUUUUUGUGAUUUUAGUUUCGGUUUCCUUUCUUAAAAAGUAGCCGCCCACUCCUUAUUAAAGCAAGCUCUUAAAUGCUAGAAGAGAAUCCUAAGUUUGAGUAGCAUCGACUUAAGAUGGACCCAGUUACGUUUAUUGGAGCUUGUGCUGGAGCAGCUGUAACAGUUGUUGCAGCUCCAGCUGUUCUUGGAUUGGCUGGUUUCACCGCAGGUGGAAUUGCUGCAGGUUCUUAUGCCGCUUCUAUGAUGUCAGCUGCCGCUCUGGCUAACGGAGGAGGGAUCGCAGCUGGAUCCAUGGUGGCAGUUCUACAAGCCGCCGGUGCUGCUGGAAUCCCUUUGGCAGGUCAAGCCUUUGUGGGGGCUGUGGGAGCCGCUGCGGGUGCAGCUGCAAGCAUGGCUAGCAACUGUACUUAGUUCAAUUGUAUCAGUAAUAAGUUCUAUCUAUCUAUCUAUCUAUCUAUCUAUAUAUAUAUAUAUAUAUAUAUAUAUAUAUAACAAUAUGAUCAUUAUCCCACUGCCUGUCUCAUUGAUCAGCAUCAUUUAAAAUGCUUUGCUGUAUCAGUAUGCUAUGUUAUAGGUUUCUGCUAUAAACUACUGAUUAUAUAUAUAUUAUAUAUUGAAGUCGCUGCUGGAAACUUCUUUGAUGGGGUUAUUGGAAGAGCCAUGUUUUUAAAGUUCUUGCAGGAACUUAUAUCCAUGUUUCUCAUAUAACUGAAAGUCUAAGAGGUUCUCCAAAUGGUUUUGUAAGCUCCUUGUAUGUGUUUGCAAAUGUAUUUGUGUUGAAUUUAGAAUGUGUAGAGACCUUAUUUUGUAAGCCUAAUAAACAAAUGAAAUAAUUUA